UAUAAAUCUAGACCUCAUAAAGAAGAAUUCUGUUGUGCUGCAGUGUUUCUCUACAUGUGUGAGCAGCUUUAAAGCUUCAGUCUGUAGGAGGAAACAUGAGCUCUAAAAGGAAUCUCUCUGAGGGGCUGAGAAACAUCCGGAGUCUGAUUCAGGGUAAGAGAUCAGAACCACGUGAACCCAGCAGUGUGUCCAGGAGGAGUGAUAGAUCAAUGUAUGAACCAUUAAAGUUCAGUGACAGAGAGCGUUCUACUGAUCUGAGAUCAGUGAAAAGUAAAAGAUCAGACCCACCUGAACCCAGCUGUGUGUCUAUGAAGAGUGAUCAGUCAAUGGUAGAAGCCAUAAUAUUGAGAGAAGGAAAUUCUUCUACUGAUCUGAGAAAACAAGAGAUAUUAAAGAAAUCAGAAAUAAGCAGCAGAAAUGAGUUGGAUUCAGUAUUUAAGGAGCUGCAGCAGAAAGUCAUCACUCUCUUAAAAAAUGAGCUGAAUAAAUAUAAGAAGAUACUGAGUCCAGAUUGCCCAGAAUGCUCUGAGGUGAAGGAUGAGGAGGAUCAAUGUAGUUUCAGAGAGGAGGUACUGAAGAUCACUCUACAUGUCCUGAAAAAGAUGAACCAGACAGAUUUAGCCAACACACUGCAGACCAAGCUGGUCUCUGUUUAUCAGAAGAACCUCAAAACCAAACUGAUAGAGAAAUAUAAAAGAAUUAAUGAAGGAAUCUCACAGCAUGGAUCAUCAGUUCUCCUGGAUCAGAUCUACACUGAGCUCUACAUCACAGAGGGUUCGAGUGGAGACGUCAAUAGUGAACAUAAGGUGAGACAGAUUGAAACGACAUCCAGGAGACCAACAACACAGGAGAAACCCAUCAAAUGUAACGACCUCUUUAAAGACACGUCCAUCAGAACUGUGCUGACUAAAGGAGUUGCUGGAAUUGGAAAAACAGUCUCUGUGCAGAAGUUCAUUCUGGACUGGGCUGAAGGAAAAGCCAAUCAGGACGUUCUCUUCAUGUUCCCACUUCCCUUUAGAGAGCUGAAUCUGAUGAAAGAGAAACAUCUCAGUCUGAUGGAGCUUCUUCAUUAUUUUUUCCCAGAAUUUAAAAGAAUAGAAUCAAUAAACUGCAGCACCUACAAGAUCAUUUUCGUCUUUGAUGGUCUGGAUGAGUGUCGACUUCCUUUAAACUUCCAGAACAAUGAGAUUGUGUGGGAUGUAACAGAAUCAGCCUCAGUGGAUGUGCUGCUGACAAACCUCAUGAAGGGGAACCUGCUUCCCUCUGCUCUCCUCUGGAUCACCUCUCGACCAGCUGCAGCCAAUCAGAUCCCUCCUGAGUGUGUAGCCCAGGUAACAGAGGUACGAGGGUUCAGUGAUCCUCAGAAAAAGGAGUACUUCAGGAAGAGGAUCAGUGAUGAGGACCUGGCCAGUAAAAUCAUCAAACACAUGAAGUCCUCAAGAAGCCUCUACAUCAUGUGUCACAUUCCAGUGUUCUGCUGGAUUUCAGCCUCUGUUCUAGAGAGAAUGCUGGGUGAAGCAGAGGGUGGAGAGAUCCCCAAAACUCUGACUCAAAUGUUCACCCACUUCCUGAUCUUUCAGAUCAAACACAAGGAACAAAAGUAUCAUGGGAAAUGUGACCCCAACCCUCACCAGACCAGAGAGACGAUACUGGCACUGGGAAAACUGGCUUUCCAACAGCUGGAGAAAGGAAACCUGAUCUUCUAUGAAGAAGACCUGAGAGAGUGUGGUAUUGAUGUUAGAGAAGUGUCAGUGUACUCAGGAGUGUGCACCCAAAUCUUCAGAGAAGAGCAGUUUGGGUUACACCUGGGGAAGGUCUUCAGCUUUGUUCAUCUGAGCAUCCAGGAGUUUCUGGCUGCUCUAUUUGCAUUUAUCUGCUUCAUGAGGAAAAAUCCAACGGAACAACAAACCACUGAUCUGUCUGAUCUGUUCACCAAGUCCAGCAUGUCUGAUUUCCUCAAGAGUGCAGUGGACAAGACCUUACAGAGUGAGAAUGGAUACCUGGACCUUUUCCUUCGCUUCCUUCUGGGUCUCUCACUGGAGACCAAUCAGACUCUCUUACAAGACCUACUGACACAGACAGGAAGUAGCUCUCACAGUAAACAGGAAACUGUGGAAUACAUUAAAGAGAAGAUCAGGGAGGAUCCUUCACCAGAGAGAUCCAUCAAUCUGUUCCACUGUCUGAAUGAACUGAAUGAUCAUUAUCUAGUGCAGGAGGUCCAGAUUUACCUGAACAGAAUAAAAGCUGAUUAUGAACAUGUUAGUUCUGGUUGUCUCAGAGGAAUCAGUCUCUCUCCUGCUCAGUGGUCAGCACUGGUGUUUGUGUUGCUGAACUCAGAAGAAGAUCUGAAGGAGUUUAAUUUGAGGAAAUAUUACAGAUCAGAUGAAUGUCUUCUGAAGCUGCUGCCAGUGGUGAAAGAAUCCAGAAGAGCUGAGUUGGAUGGUUGUUCUCUAACAGGUGAAAGUUGUGCAACUCUGUCCUCAGUUCUCAGUUCAAACUCCUCCAAUCUGAGAGAUCUGAACCUGAGUAACAAUAAGCUGCAAGAUUCAGGAGUGAAGCUGCUCUCUGCUGCACUGAAGAAUCCACACUGUAAACUGGAGAUACUGAGGUUGGAUGAUUGUUCUCUAACAGGUGAAAGUUGUGCAGCUCUGUUUUCAGUUCUCACUUCAAACUCCUCCAAUCUGAGAGAUCUGAACCUGAGUAACAAUCAGCUGCAGGAUUCAGGAGUGAAGCUGCUCUCUGCUGCACUGAAGAAUCCACACUGUAAACUGGAGAUACUGUGGUUGAUUCGUUGUGAUCUAACAGGUGAAAGUUGUGCAGCUCUGUCCUCAGUUCUCAGUCCAAACUCCUCCAAUCUGAGAGAUCUGAACCUGAGUAACAAUAAGCUGCAGGAUUCAGGAGUGAAGCUGCUCUCUGCUGCACUGAAGAAUCCACACUGUACACUGGAGAUAGUGAGGUUGAUUCGUUGUGAUCUAACAGGUGAAAGUUGUGCAGCUCUGUUUUCAGUUCUCAGUUCAAACUCCUCCAAUCUGAGAGAUCUGAACCUGAGUUACAAUAACCUGCAGGAUUCAGGAGUGAAGCUGCUCUCUGCUGCACUGAAGAAUCCACACUGUACACUGGAGAUACUGAGGUUGGAUGGUUGUUCUCUAACAGGUGAAAGUUGUGCAGCUCUGUCCUCAGUUCUCAGUUCAAACUCCUCCAAUCUGAGAGAUCUGAACCUGAGUUACAAUAAGCUGCAGGAUUCAGGAGUGAAGCUGCUCUCUGCUGCACUGAAGAAUCCACACUGUAAACUGGAGAUACUGUGGUUGGUGUACUGCAGGAUUACAGAUGAAGGUUUUAUAUCUCUGGCUUCAGCUCUGAGAUCAAACUCCUCAUCACUCCUGAAAGAACUGAAUCUGAACCUCAAUAAACCAGGAGAAUCAGGAGUGAAGCUUCUCACUGAUCUACAGAAGGAUCCUCACUGUAACCUGGAGACACUAUAUAUAUUGUAACAAAGUCCUCCAGCCCGUGUGUUGCAGCUCGUAUCCAGAUGAAAUGUUUCCUUCAUUAGAAAGCUGAAGCUCCAUCAUGGGCAGAACAGAGAUCAGAAGCUCCACAUCCCUUCAAUCUUCUAGUGACAGUCUGUCCAGUAACUGCAAUCUUAGAUGGAAAAAGUCUUGGCUAUGCUCAGUGUACAUAAGUCUGCUGUUUUUCCUCUUCCUAAAGGAUGUGAACUGUGGGAAGGUAGUCUGGACAUUAAGGGGGGCGGCACUGGUUGUAACUCUCUUUUACUCGAGUGCUAAGGCCAAGCUCCUCAGCACUUGGUUAUGGCAUCAGGUGUAUCUUCCUUGAGUUAAGCUGUUCUUGGAACCCACCAGGAUGUGUUUAAGUGUUGCUGGGGCUGCACGUUGGAGACAGGCUUGGUCUUUACCAAGCCAGAGAUAAAGUGUACCCGGCCAAUAAAGUGACUCUGAUAAAUGUUGUACAGUUACAGUAUAUUAUCAUAAUUACAUUAAAUAAAUACUAA